AUGCAAAAAAGAACGGUAAACGCCAUAUAUUUCUAUUUCCACUUUUUUUUAUAGGAAUACGCUGAACGACAGGAGAUUAAUCAUAAAAGAAAAAUAAUCCUUCCUAAUGUAAUAUCGUGGGAGUAUGGCUCAAACAAGUUUGCAUCCCAAAAAGGCUUACCGGCAUUUGGAACAAUUAGAAAUACCAGUACAUUGUUUUUCUUUUAUCAUGGAAUCACAGAAACUUCCGAAAGUCUCGUUUUUUUAAAUACGUAAAAAUUUGUAAUCUAGCGACACGGACUGGAGUUCUGCGCUUGCGAAUUUGAGGCGGAUAUGGUAGAUCUCGAUUUUUCCUAUGUUUUUGAAGAAAAUGCCGAUUUCAAACGUUUUGCUGAUACAAUUUUUAACAAAUUAGACUAAAACGGCUUGCAUGCAAUUUUUCUCAGUUUUCCUCAGAAAUGCGUCUCAAAUUGGCUUUUCCUUCAGUAAAAUAAGAAAAACCGUUAUCUACAUUAUCGGUCUGAAAUUCCAAAGUGCAGAACUUAAUACCAUCAAUCACGCUAGUUGUAUUCACUGCUCAAAACCUUGAAUAUUCGGAGAUGAAAAAGUUUACCAACGUCCUGGGCACGUCCGUCAGAGAUGAAACAAUGGGUAUGCUGUCAGAUUCACAAACUGAAAAUUAUGCUAAAGAUUCCAAUGUCAAUUUAGAAUUGGGUGAGCUUAAGCAUUUUAUUUUUAUCUUCUUUGCGUAAAAUUAAAUUACUGAAUAUGCAUUGAAAAAUUAUAUUUUAGAGCCAGUACAAGUAAACGGAUCUAGAAAUUUUCAAAAUAAGAGAUCAUCUGCACCACAGUUUCUGGGCUUGCAAAGGGACUCAGCCAUUCAAAAUCCUGACUCUGGAAAAACUCAAUAUUCAUCUUGGUUGGGAGGUCAGGCAAGUUACAUGCUAUUCAUCAAAUUAUUUGUUUUGUCCUAAGUAUUCCAGAUAACUACGGUAAACAGUUCUGCAACUGACGGAGAUUCUAACCAUUAA